AUGGGCCUCUUUGGCAAAGAUCGUGUUGGCAUCUUCAAGCCGACGGACCACACGGGGCGCAAUUUCACCUGGACAAUCUACAACUUCUCAAGCCACGCGUCCGGCACGGUCCUUGACAGCGAGAAUGUUAUUUGCUUCAGGAAUGUGAAAUUUCACCUACACUUGUCCCUGAGCAAAGCCGGUGACAUCGGCUUCUACAUCCACUUCAAGGAUCCGCCAGUUCCGAAGUACUCGUACCUCUUUAUGAACGUGCAGGAAGAGAUCAUGCGUCAGCAAACGGCCCACACCAUCCCCGAGAACUCGGAGCGCUGCGGUCACUGGAACGUGUGUAGCCUAAACGACAUGAAGGAGUUCCUCGGCAAGGACGACACGUUGGUUGUGGUUUUUACCUUCGACAACGACAAGCUCACUGUGGAUAAAGAGAGUGAUGAAAAUAAGGUAACCGUUUUGUGGAAGAUCCCAAAGUUGUGCAAGCAGUAUCUGUGCCCCUACUCCUCCCGAGGUUUCUACCUGAGCAACUCACUGAUUGUGGUACGACUCGACACCAAGUGCAAAAGCUCCAAUGCAAGGGCCAAGUACAACCAUAAGGACGUAUUCGCAUAUAUUAUCUUCCUCUUCUGCCGCAAGAGCACCAUCCCGCCACACACCAUCGAACUCGUGGACGCCGAUGGUGACCCCUAUUAUACCUUAGAAAAGAAUGAUGGCGAGUCGGCCCCGAUGCCGCUGGUGGAGCGCCACGUGGUAGACGAAAACCUUUCGCAAAACGGUGCCCUCUUCGUUAGGAUCACCUUCGCCACCACCACCAAUCCGUUGGAGCUGCUGAACGCGCAUAACGAUGCCGGCAACAACGAUAUGGAUGAGCAACAUGACGGCAGCAAUGAUGAGACGGUUGAGCUCGGCGAAAAGAAGGAGGUGUACAAUCUCAUGGAGAACUAG